CGCACCUGAGGAAGCGCGUAAAUGAGGCGCAGCAUCUGUUGACGCGCAGUAUACGCGCGGUCCGAGCAUUCUCGAGAAAGAGCGUUUUCCCAGCAUCAUCGCCGUGACAUCAGGAGAGGCAGCCUCUCGGAAGAUGGGAACAUAUCUCCAAUGGAAUCACGAAGAAAGUUAUGAUCGGCACGCACCGAAGGAGCGCAAUAUUCUGGAAUAAGGUCGUUGCGUAAACUUUCAACACAAACAGCUUGCGAGGUGGCAGAAAGGGGUGCCAUUGCUCUCCGGUGACAACUGGACUGUUUUUACACCAUCCUUCUAAAUAAGGAAGCAGGGCUGUCAGACAUAUGACCACCGUCCCGAUUUGGGCGCUGCUAUAGUACCCAUCGCAUCCCAUGAUCGAGCGCAAGGCGUCCAAUAAGGUUCAGCAUGCGACCCCCAUUUCAUAUGUGGAGUGACAGCAGCGUCCCAUCAUCAGACAAACAGCGUUUGCAGUACGGAGCAGUUGACGCUUGCAACUCUCUCUCUCUAUCUCUCUCUCUCUCUCUCUCUCUCUCUCCCUCCCUCUCUCUCACUCACUCUCUCUCUCUUCUCCCCCCUCCCCUGAUAUGAUGUCAUGUAAGGAUGAAGGUGUCUGUUGAGGUGAGAUAGGGAUUUUGAUGAGUGGCAUUCUCCACGACCCGGGGCUUUGGAGCUGCACAACAUGGUCAUCACCACAUUAACCGCCACCCCAAGUUGUGUCGCGCUCUCUCCACGCUCCUCUGCCGCUCUCUUCUCGGGCCACCGUCGCAUGCCCGAAGUCCUGACCUGCCUCGCUAAAAUAAGCUUGCACCACCAUGCCGAAGGAAGAAAAACUAGAAGAGUGGUAUUUUUAGUGCCAUUAAUUUUGACCACGUGCCCCGAAGGUAAACCGGAUGGCCAUUGCGCAAAGGUCCCUCAUCAGUAUGUCCUGCGAGGCCAACGCGCAACACUGGCCAAGGACUGCUAUUCUGCUCUUGGGAUUGCUCCUAGUUGGGACUGCGUCCUCCAGUCCGCUUCCAAGUAGGACUAAUAGUACAACUUUACUGGAGAAGCGAUGGGAGACCCUCUUCUCCCGCUCCAUGCUGGGAAUCUCUGGAGAGAAACCAGAGCAAAACUGGGAGAACGACUAUUUGCUGGGCAUCAAAAGAGUGCGGAGGUUGUACUGCAAUGUAGGCAUCGGGUUUCACCUUCAGGUCCUCCCAGACGGCAAGAUAAACGGUGUACAUAAUGAGAACCAGUACAGUCUAAUUGAGAUUUCCACCGUGUCCAGAGGAGUGGUUAGCCUGUAUGGUGUGAAAAGCGAGUUGUUUGUCGCAAUGAAUAGCAGAGGAAGGAUGUACGGAACGAACGUCUUUAAAGACGAGUGCAAGUUCAAAGAGACUCUGCUGCCAAAUAACUACAAUGCAUACGAGUCCUCCGUUUACAAGGGAUUCUACAUCGCUCUCAGCAAGCAUGGUCGAGUGAAGCGAGGCAACAGAGCCACCACUGCUAUGACUGUCACUCACUUUCUCCCUCGAAUAUGAGCUGACUCUCGCAAUAAUUCUUCCUUUGCACUGGUCUCUUGAGAGAUCUGACAACUGUCCAAUGACAAUACAAGGAACUGCAAGAACAUCACCAUAAUAGUACUCAUUCUUUUUAUAUGUAUAUUUGAAUAGGUCAGCUUUUUAUUAGAAACCCUUGAGUACGCUAUUCAUCGCUGCUUCCGUCUUUUAUUUUCACAUUUUCGAUUAUGAAUGUGGAGGUUUCUCAGCCUUCCUGUCUGUAGUCCGGUGCUUGCCAAGAUUGGAAUAGACUUUGGGUGGAUGAUGAAGACCUCCUUGGCUUAUUAACCGUGUAAUUACAUUUUUAUUACCUCAAAGAGCUACAAUGGUGCUUGAAAGUUUGUAAACCUUUAGACCUUGUUCACACUGUCAGUCCAAAUCAGAUUUUUAUACAUAUCUGAUAAUAUUUAGCAUGUGGAAUAGCAAAAACAAACAAACACAAGAAAUCUGAUUUACACUUUGUAUGGAUUUGGCGUAGCUUUUUACCUAUUUCACAUUCUCACUCCACGUAAAACGUAAGCACUUAAGAUGUUGUUAAUUUUGAUGUCACACGCCGAUCAGUCUGCACAGCGCUGCAUGAACUCAAGCAUUUUAAACACCUCCACGCAACGUUAUUGCUAUAGAAACCAAACCGGAAAAUAAAAAAGUGCUAAGGGACACACAAAUUGGAUCUGAAAAGUUGUUAUACACAGAUAUGCACAAAAAUUUGAUUUAAACUGACAAUAGUCUUAGAAUCAACAAAUAGGGUAUACAAAUGCUAAGUAGAGAAAGAGAUCCCAGGUAACAAUGAUACAAAAAUAAUAGUAUAUAAUAAUAUACUCAUUUUUUAUUUAUUUACUGAGAAAUACGAUCCAGUUUUAUGUGAGUGGCAUAAGUUUUUGAACCUCUAGGAUUAACCAUUCAUUUUAAGAAGGUAAGAUCAGGUGUCAGCGCAAUGUUUUAUUUAAAGAACAGAGAUCUGUCAAGGUCUGAUCUUCAUCUGAGUUGAUGAUGCUCAAUAGAGUUUGGACUCCAUUAAGCAGACAGUCUGUGUACAAAUAGAGGAGAUUUCAGACCAUUAUUUCCUUACCCAGGAGUGGUCAACCAAGAAAAAUCACUCAAAGAACAGGACGCAUAGUAGUCUGCGAGGUCACAAAGGAAGCCAGAGUAAAACUUAAGGCCUUUCUCACAUCAGCUAAUGGUAAUGUUCCUGAGUCCUCCAUCAGAACACUGAUCUUGAUCUUAAUCUAAUGGAAAAUUGUGGAAGAAUCUAAUGUCAGCAAAGAACUUAAGCCAUAGAAAGGGGUUAAAAUUUCUCCAAGGCCAAGCUGAUGUGCAUGACUGAUGUUACAACCCAUUAUCACAAAAUUAUGUACCUAUAGUCACAAAAUUUUGUGAGUGUUUUCCAUGACACUGAAAUGUUUUUCCGCCUGAUUACGUGAACAUUUCACAUAUUUCUCUUUAGGUGUCACUGUCAUGUAUUUGUUAUUCAACUGUUUUGUACUAUUUUCUUACCAUUGUCGCUUCGGGUUAGAUUUACAUAAAAUUACAUCCUUACCCAAACCCAACUCUAACCCUAAUGCCAGGCGACAAUGGUUUAAAAAUCAUAAAAUAUAAAAAAUAAAUCAUGAAUAAAGGUAUAAACCAAUACUUAAAGUGACUUCCUAAACACUAAAUCUAACCCUAAACUGAAGUGUCAAUGGUUUGAAAAUAGGACAAAACAGUUGAGUAAAAAAUACAAGACAGUGACAAGUAAACAGAAAUACGUGACAUG